AUGGUCUCUGCAGCAACCAUGUCAGACAACAAACACACCAAGGCUAGUCACCGUGAUCGUGCAAGGGAGGGAACUCGAGGUGAACCAGCAACCAUGUCAGACAACAAACACACCAAGGCUAGUCACCGUGAUCGUGCAAGGGAGGGAACUCGAGGUGAACCAGCAACCAUGUCAGACAACAAACACACCAAGGCUAGUCACCGUGAUCGUGCAAGGGAGGGAACUCGAGGUGAACCAGCAACCAUGUCAGACAACAAACACACCAAGGCUAGUCACCGUGAUCGUGCAAGGGAGGGAACUCGAGGUGAACCAGCAACCAUGUCAGACAACAAACACACCAAGGCUAGUCACCGUGAUCGUGCAAGGGAGGGAACUCGAGGUGAACCAGCAACCAUGUCAGACAACAAACACACCAAGGCUAGUCACCGUGAUCGUGCAAGGGAGGGAACUCGAGGUGAACCAGCAACCAUGUCAGACAACAAACACACCAAGGCUAGUCACCGUGAUCGUGCAAGGGAGGGAACUCGAGGUGAACCAGCGUGUCUCCUCAGUUUCCAAACUGCACGAAGGCUUCAGAGGCUGGGCGAGGGUUACAUCAGUGACCAUGCCAACGAGGAAAACACGUUGGAUGCAAAGCAGUCAGAAAACGAGAAGACAUCAGAAUUAUUCUGGAAUGUCGGGAUGGUCUUCAACAAAUGGAUGCUUUUCAUCGCGAUUGUUUUGGUUAUUAAUUCAUUUUGUCUGGGGAUGGCAGAAGCCUCUCCACACCCUAAAGACAAAACUUACACAAGGAAAGAUCGGGCGACCUUUCAAGAGUGCACUCCACCAAACAGUCGGUGGGAUAAAGCACGUGGAAGUCCCAACACUUGUGAUACUGUCAGUAAAGGCAUUACAGAUGGAGAAGGUGGAUUGACAGUUGACACUGUGACCGUCUUAACACUCUCUAAACAGAUGGAAGAUAUGAAGAAAAUGAUUGUUCAGUUACAAGAGAGACUGGACGAGUUACAUGAUCGGAGCGGAAGGGAGGAGGAGACACUAGCCAGACAGGAUGCUGAGGCUCACAAGGAAGACCACUCCGAGAAGCUGGGGGAACGAGCAAGAGAAGUGGAGAGUUUCACCUCAUCAUCUACAGAAACGGCUAACACAAUAUCAACACUCUCUGAUCGUGUUGAAAGAUUAGAAGUUUGGAAGACUGAUUUUGAGAAUAUGGAAAUACAGAAAGUCAGACAAGAUGCAGAAGAUGCUCAUCAUGUUGCUGCAGGUUGUGUCGAGAAGCUGGAGACAGUCGUAAAGGAUGUUGGAAAUAUUAACACCAACAUCACAUCUGUCAACAACACUGUCUCCAAACUGUCUGACCAAGCCACAGUUCUGCACACACGCCAAGCUGAAUUAGAUGACUGGAAGAAUACGAUUGUUGACAAGGAAUUGUCCAUGCUAACACAAAACGUACGUGCUAUUCACAGUGUGGCCACGGAAGCCAAGGGAUCUUCUAUCAGUAAUGCAGAGAACCUAGAGAAGCUCUCACAUGAUUUGGAUAAAGCGAAAACGGAGUUUACAGCAAACAUUCAGGAUUUACUGUCACUCAGGAAAGAUGUGAAUUCUAUCCAGGUAAUAGCCGAACAUGCUGAGAAGGUUGCAGAACAAAAUACCAUGAAUCUACAGACACUUGUAUUAGAAAUGAGGGGUAUCAAUACCACAGUGUUAAACACCUCUCAUGUUAUGAAUGAAACCAUUUCUGAAUUAAUGGCUUGGAGAACUGAGGUCAGUGACAAGGAAUUGCCGAGGAUUAGACAAAACAUAACAAAUAAUCAGCAAUUGGGUGAAGAAGCUAAACAUGAUGCAGGCGCGAAUUCAAGACUCCUUAAAGAUCACAUUCUGUGGGCAAAUGCUACGUAUGUUGAGUUCAAGAAACAACAGACAGAAACCCUUAAACAGGAUGAAGAAUUUAAUGACAAACAUAAUAGCAUCGAAGAGAAGGUUCGUCUGGAAGAGCGCAGAGGGUCACGAACUGCAGAUGAAGUGGAAAAACUAAAAGUAGAUUUAAGUGCCGUCCAAAUUUUUGCUGAUACUAUUCAGAAAUGUGCCUUUAGUAAUGUUGGGAAGCUUGAAACUUUGACACAGGCAGUGGGAAAUAUCACAACAAACAUUACAGCUAUAAAUAUAACGGCUGAACAGCUCUCUUCACGCGUGGACGUCAUGGAUGGAAGGGUAGAUGGAUUAGAUACUUGGAGAACUGAGAUUGUGGACACGGAAUUACCGACCCUCAAACGAGACAUCCAGAACGCCUCCCAGGAGGCGAAACAAGCAACACGUAGUAGCAGUGCAAAUGGAGAUCUUCUUACUGGUCACAUUUUGUGGGCAAAUUGGACAUAUCUGGAGUUCCAAAAACACCGGAAUGAAACAGUCAAGAAAGAGCAAGAGUUCGCAAAGAAGCAUGACCACACCGAGAGGAAACUAGACGGAGAAGAACUGGACGGCUUCAUGACCAAGGCGGUGGUGGACGAGCUGAAAGGAAAAUCAUCAGUACACGAUAUCGCCCUCUAUCUGUCUGUGUUGAACUUGAUAGCUGUCGCCAUGUUAGUGAAGUACGUGAUGAAGGCUCCGUCAUCCACACCUGGGCCAGCAACAGCAUCAGCAACAGCACCAGCUACAGCUGCAGCUUCCCGCAACGAUAUACAGCAGAGGGGCUCCCGACGUGAGGAGGUGUACGAGCUGCAGUGGAGCCGGCCGAUGGAGGACUCGGUGUGUGUGGUGGCCUUCCAUACCGCGACAGAGGGGAGACAUGCUGACCAGACCAGGUCUGUGUUCGAGUCUGUGCAGCAACCAUGUCCCACCAUCCACUCUCGGGUCAUCAGACGCCACGCAGACAUUACACAGCUGCCGGGGUCGCGUGUCUUCCUCGUCUUUGUCGACUUCAACGAGCGGAACGUCAUCUUGGAGGAUCCGACCAAGGGGCUUGGCGAUCUCAGGGUGACCACUGUGCGGAGUCUCUGGAGGUUUGGAACCGACGUGACGGUGAUCUACUGUGGUGACCAGGGGUCUGUGAAUUUGGACAGCCGUCUUUUCAAUCAGGACCUUGGCUCCAUCCACAGACAGCAGGAGUUGACUCAGCUGAAAAAUGAUGAAAGGAUUCUGAGUAUCUACAGGGACUUCAGCAACACCCAGAGACAACAUUGCAGGAACUUCAUCAACAGACUGUUACAGCGAACAUAGUGACUACUGCAGCUGAUAAUGACCUCAGGCACGACCAGAAACAACCUCGCACGAACUUUAGAAACAAAUUGCAGCAACAAUGUGCUUUUGUGUUACAGUUGGCUUCGCUAUUAAUCGACAGUGUUACAGUUCUGCAUGGUCAUUAGCCGACAGUGUUGCAGUUCUACAGGUCAUUAGCCCACUGUGUUACAGUCCUGCAGGUCAUUAGCCCACAGUGUUACAGUCCUGCAGGUCAUUUACCGACUGUGUUACAGUCCUGCAGGUCAUUAGCCGACUGUGUUACAGUCCUGCAGGUCAUUAGCCGACAGUGUUACAGUUCUGCAGGUCAUUAGCCCACUGUGUUACAGUCCUGCAGGUCAUUAACCGACAGUGUUACAGUUCUGCAGGUCAUUAGCCCACUGUGUUACAGUCCUGCAGGUCAUUAGCCCACUGUGUUACAGUCCUGCAGGUCAUUAGCCGACAGUGUUACAGUCCUGCAGGUCAUUUGCCGACUGUGUUACAGUCCUGCAGGUCAUUAGCCCACUGUGUUACAGUCCUGCAGCUCAUUAACCGACAGUGUUACAGUUCUGCAGGUCAUUAGCCCACGGUGUUACAGUCCUGCAGGUCAUUAGCCGACUGUGUUACAGUCCUGCAGGUCAUUAGCCGACAGUGUUACAGUUCUGCAGGUCAUUAGCCCACUGUGUUACAGUCCUACAGGUCAUUAGCCGACUGUGUUACAGUUCUGCAGGUCAUUAGCCGACAGUGUUGCAGUUCUGCAGGUCAUUAGCCCACUGUGUUACAGCCCUGCAGGCAAUUAGCCGACAGUGUUACAGUCCUGCAGGUCAUUAACCGACAGUGUUACAGUUCUGCAGGUCAUUAGCCCACUGUGUUACAGUUCUGCAGGUCAUUAGCCGACUGUGUUACAGUCCUGCAGGUCAUUAGCCGACAGUGUUACAGUUCUGCAGGUCAUUAGCCCACUGUGUUACAGUCCUGCAGGUCAUUAGCCCACUGUGUUACAGUCCUGCAGCUCAUUUGCCGACUGUGUUACAGUCCUUCAGGUCAUUAGCCCACUGUGUUACAGUCCUGCAGCUCAUUAACCGACAGUGUUACAGUUCUGCAGGUCAUUAGCCCACAGUGUUACAGUCCUGCAGGUCAUUAGCCGACUGUGUUACAGUCCUGCAGGUCAUUAGCCGACAGUGUUACAGUUCUGCAGGUCAUUAGCCCACUGUGUUACAGUCCUGCAGGUCAUUAGCCGACAGUGUUACAGUGCUGCAGGUCAUUAGCCGACUGUGUUACAGUUCUGCAGGUCAUUAGCCCACUGUGUUACAGUCCUGCAGGUCAUUAGCCGACUGUGUUACAGUUCUGCAGGUCAUUAGCCCACUGUGUUACAGUCCUGCAGGUCAUUAGCCGACUGUGUUACAGUCCUGCAGGUCAUUAGCCGACAGUGUUACAGUUCUGCAGGUCAUUAGCCGACUGUGUUACAGUCCUGCAGGUCAUUAGCCGACAGUGUUACAGUCCUGCAGGUCAUUAGCCCACUGUGUUACAGUCCUACAGGUCAUUAGCCGACUGUGUUACAGUUCUGCAGGUCAUUAGCCGACAGUGUUGCAGUUCUGCAGGUCAUUAGCCCACUGUGUUACAGUCCUGCAGGCAAUUAGCCGACAGUGUUACAGUCCUGCAGGUCAUUAACCGACAGUGUUACAGUUCUGCAGGUCAUUAGCCCACUGUGUUACAGUCCUGCAGGUCAUUAGCCGACUGUGUUACAGUCCUGCAGGUCAUUAGCCGACAGUGUUACAGUUCUGCAGGUCAUUAGCCCACUGUGUUACAGUCCUGCAGGUCAUUAGCCCACAGUGUUACAGUCCUGCAGGUCAUUUGCCGACUGUGUUACAGUCCUGCAGGUCAUUGGCCCACUGUGUUACAGUCCUGCAGCUCAUUAACCGACAGUGUUACAGUUCUGCAGGUCAUUAGCCCACAGUGUUACAGUCCUGCAGGUCAUUAGCCGACUGUGUUACAGUCCUGCAGGUCAUUAGCCGACAGUGUUACAGUUCUGCAGGUCAUUAGCCGACUGUGUUACAGUCCUGCAGGUCAUUAGCCGACAGUGUUACAGUCCUGCAGGUCAUUAGCCGACAGUGUUACAGUUCUGCAGGUCAUUAGCCCACUGUGUUACAGUCCUGCAGGUCAUUAGCCGACAGUGUUACAGUUCUGCAGGUCAUUAGCCCACUGUGUUACAGUCCUGCAGGUCAUUAGCCGACUGUGUUACAGUCCUGCAGGUCAUUAGGCAACAGCGUUACAGUUCUGCAGGCCUUUAGCCGACUUUGUUACAGUCCUGCAGGUCAUUAGGCAACAGUGUUACAGUCCUGCAGGUCAUUAGCCGACAGUGUUACAGUUCUGCAGGUCAUUAACCGACUGUGUUACAUUCCUGCAGGUCAUUAACCGACUGUGUUACAGUCCUGCAGGUCAUUAGCCCACUGUGUUACAGUCCUGCAGGUCAUUAGCCCACUGUGUUACAGUCCUGCAGCUCAUUACCCGACUGUGUUACAGUCCUGCAGGUCAUUAGCCGACUGUGUUACAUUCCUGCAGGUCAUUAGCCGACUGUGUUACAGUUCUGCAGGUCAUUAGCCCACUGUGUUACAGUCCUGCAGGUCAUUAGCCGACAGUGUUACAGUUCUGCAGGUCAUUAACCCACUGUGUUACAGUCCUGCAGGUCAUUAGCCGACUGUGUUACAGUCCUGCAGGUCAUUCGCCGACAGUGUUACAGUUCUGCAGGUCAUUAGCCGCGGAGGUACAGUCCUGCAGGUCAUUUGCCGACUGUGUUACAGUCCUGCAGGUCAUUAGCCCACUGUGUUACAGUCCUGCAGGUCAUUAGCCGACAGUGUUACAGUCCUGCAGGUCAUUAGCCCACUGUGUUACAGUCCUGCAGGUCAUUACCCGACUGUGUUACAGUUCUGCAGGUCAUUAGCCGACUGUGUUACAGUCCUGCAGGUCAUUAGCCGACUGUGUUACAGUUCUGCAGGUCAUUAGCCCACUGUGUUACAGUCCUGCAGGUCAUUAGCCGACUGUGUUACAGUCCUGCAGGUCAUUAGCCGACAGUGUUACAGUCCUGCAGGUCAUAAGCCGACAGUGUUACAGUUCUGCAGAUCAUUAGCCGACUUUCUUACAGUCCUGCAGGUCAUUAGGCAACAGCGUUACAGUUCUGCAGGUCAUUAGCCGACUGCGUUACAGUCAUGCAGGUCAUAAGCCGACAUCAGCACUGAUGUGACAAGCAGCUCAUUAACCGACAGUGUUACAGUUCUGCAGGUCAUUAGCCCACAGUGUUACAGUCCUGCAGGUCAUUAGCCGACUGUGUUACAGUUCUGCAGGUCAUUAACCCACUGUGUUACAGUCCUGCAGGUCAUUAGCCGACAGUGUUACAGUCCUGCAGGUCAUUAGCCGACAGUGUUACAGUUCUGCAGGUCAUUAACCCACUGUGUUACAGUCCUGCAGGUCAUUAGCCGACUGUGUUACAGUCCUGCAGGUCAUUAGCCGACAGUGUUACAGUUCUGCAGGUCAUUAGCCGCGGAGGUACAGUCCUGCAGGUCAUUUGCCGACAGUGUUACAGUCCUGCAGGUCAUUAGCCCACUGUGUUACAGUCCUGCAGGUCAUUAGCCGACUGUGUUACAGUCCUGCAGGUCAUUAGCCCACUGUGUUACAGUCCUGCAGGUCAUUAGCCGACUGCGUUACAGUCAUGCAGGUCAUAAGCCGACAUCAGCACUGAUGUGACAAGCAGUACAACAUCGACUUCAUACACAUACAGUCAUAUAGUCCCGUCAGUGUUGAACAUGUAACUCAUUAUCGGUUAGUGUAUUAAAUCCCCAAUGAGUUGUUCUAACUAGCCGGGACCAAUACUCUACCAUAGCUUCCUUUUAAACCCGGCUGACAUGACACUAAAAAUCGUCCAAUCAAAUUGCUCUAACAUGCGAGAGAAAUGCUGUGGCAACAGUUGGGAUCUGCAGAUGUGAUGUAACGAAGCUGUGCCUUUAAACGACUGAAGGGUCAAGAGUAUUUAUGACAAUACAUACGAAAUAUAAUACAUAUGAUAAUCCAGGAUGAUUAUGGCCCUGACCGCACAAAAAAACAUCGUUUAUUAUUUUUCUAUUGUCUUUGUGGUUUGAUUGAGAAGGUGUGGCUUGUCGGUAAAAAUAAACCCGUCCAUUUGUGAACCUGUUAGGACAGUAAAUAAAACAAUACAAUAACGACA